AUGGAGCUAGUGAAGGUUUAGCUAUUAGAAUAGUUUUGGAAUGUUGAAAGUGUCUCGAAAUAAGAAAAAUCGGAGCUAAAGAUCCCAUUUCACGUGUAAAAAGCUCGAAAGUCAGGAGAAAAAAAAAUUUUGGUUCGUUCUAUAUGAAACAAACUUAGUCGUUCGAAGCCUUACGGAAUGAAAAACUGAGAAAAGGAAUUAUUUUUUUCAUAUUUGAAUAUAACAGUUUUUUUCGUGGAAAUAUAGGUUUGAGGGAUUUUUCUUCUUUCUACUUAUGAGGGAUCGUUUUAAAUUAUUCAAGCUUCUAAUAAAUGAUGUACAAAGAAAUGGAAAGAAUUUUUUUUUCAAAACACGGGUCUAGCUCUUUUUCAAAUGAUUAACAGGCCUCAGGGCUCUUAAAAUUAUUCCAAUCCAAGUUUUAAUCCAUCGCCUUUUCAUCAUUGUGUAUCCAUAAAAAUGAGAACUAAUAAGUUUAUAGUAAUAAAAAUGCGUUUCUGAAAAUUGGAUUUCUUGAAUCAAAGCUAUUCGUAAAAUCAUCCGACAUAUAACUCUUUAGAAAAAAAUUUCAAAAAAAUUGUCCAAAUUUUUAUCUUACUACCUCAAAACCAAAAACACCUUGGACUUGCUCUUUCCCUUUUUUGCAACUAGAAUAAGUAACCUCAUGGGAAUCUUUUCCCCUUUGGAACGCUGGCCGUGGGAUUAUCCUCACUAAAUCGAUGGAAUUUCGGGGCCACUCGAAUUCAACAAAUAAUCCUCAUUGUUGCUUUGAGUCGCAUUUCUUCGAUUAAUUUUUUUCUCCGACGUUUUUUCAUUCUCUUUCUGAAGGUUUUUCUUUGUUACUUUAACUCCUUGAGCGGCGAUUCAACUCACAAACUAGAUAACCUUUUUUUCUCGAAGAGUGAAAAUUCGAACUUAGAAACUGUCAUAACUCUAAAGCCCUUUUCUGUUUUGCUGCUAGCAACAGGGCUUCUGACAAAUCCUCUCUAAACUCCGCCCUCCCUCAGAGUAUCACCUCAGCUUAUCCGUUUUGGCGGUAUCAAUUUCCCCUGGAAACGGCGAACAAAACGCAAUUCUUUCCCGCCAAUAGGCUUCCCUUCUCGGCUACGUCAUCUUGUCGCUGCCAGGCUCGCCGCUGCUCCGUCGCCUUGUCUCCACGCAGUUCGAAGAUUCCAUGAACAACCGUGUCCUCCUCAACGUCGGCGGCCAGCGUUUCGAGACCACAGUCGCCACCUUGUCUCGCAUCCCGGACUCUGUAAGUUCUGUUUUUAUAUCCCAAAAAUCAGAUUUAACUUUCGAAACUAUUAUAAAGUUCUGAUAAUUUGUUAUUUCAUCAUGGUUUGAACGUUAAAACUCGCAAAAUGCUUGAUUGAGAAUCGAAACUCAAUAUGAUUGGGCGAGGAAUUUUCCUGACUUUUCGAUGUCAAGUUUACGACUCAUUUUGAGGGCUUAUGAAUGGAGAUGGAAGUUUCCCAAGAAUUAUUCUUUCAGAAAGGUCUUCUUCAUAAUGAAUUCUCGCUUUUUCAUCGUUCUCUCUGAACAUUUUUCCACGCUAUUUUCUUGGCAUUUUCUCGAGAAAUUGUCAGGUCUACGAAUUGGAACUCUAAUUUCCCGAAAAAAAUUAAAAUUUAAGGGUGUUCAUAGUAGAAACGGAACAUUUUUCAAAACGCAACUAAGAAAGGUUAAGAGGGUCCCGAUAGGGAAUUGGCCAUUUCAGGGCCCCGAUAACGCGAAACGGACAUGCUCCGGGCGCGUUCUGGGCAUUCCUAGUGCCCGCUUUAGUAGCGUUAGCACUCUUUAGUGAUCCCUAGAAAUGCCCAGAAACGUCCGAAGCACGUCCGUUUCGCGUUGCCAUUUUCCGAGAAUUUUCUCGAGUUUUGAAACAAUUUUCGUUUGUUCAAUGAACGCGCCAUUAGAAGGAAGAAAAUUUCGGAAAAUACGAAACUUUCCGAAAAUGCGUUGCUGUGUAUAUAUAUUCAAUAGUUCAAAACACAGUAAAAAUAGCCAAAAAUAUGUCGUUUUCAGUGUCGUUCUUCCGACCUCUCUCUCUUUCUUUGCCACCGAUUUUGUUCCCUCUAGAGCCUUCAAAGUAAUAGCGGAAAACAAGAGGGUUGAUACAAACUGAAAAUUUGAGUCGUGAAGAGAACCCUAAAAAACAGAAAAUUCGAGCGAAGUAGGGCAGGAAAACGCAACUAAACAUUCUCCAGGUUUUGGCUACAAUGGUUAGCGAUAGAUGGAAAAAAGACGACGAGUUGUUCAUCGAUCGGGAUCCGAAACAUUUCGGCAAGAUCCUAAACUUCCUUCGCGAUGGCGACGACUUCGUCGCUCCCACCGAUUCUGAAGCUACCGAAGAACUCAAGCGAGAAGCCACGGCGAGCAAAAGAGACCGGCGAAAAUAACUAAAAGAAUGUUUUAGUUUUAUAAUCUCCCGAUCCUCAUUGAUCUAUGCAUGCCUACAGUAUUCGACGUCGGGGAUGUUGUAAGUGUUGCCUACUUAUUAUCGAUUUCAAGCCGUUUGAAGGUUCAAUGGAGACGAGAAGCCGUGCCUAUUUACUGGAAGCCAUUUGUUCGGUACAUGGUCGACGACUCGCUCUCCUUGCCUUUUAUUUAUGACAGGUAACGUUUAACUUCCUUAUUCUGAUUCCGACGGAAUCACUUUGAACGAGGCUUCUUUUGAUUCAACGAUUUGCAUAAGCUAUUCAUUCGAUGGAUCAAAGUGUUAAGAAAUAACCACACGUUGGCGAGAUGCGUCGCCUGCGAAGAGUUCCAGGAUCCGAAGUGUUCGUACCUUUUUGACAUCAACUACUCGGCGUGGGAGCCGAUGCAACACCACAUGCUGGAGAUGACCGGCGAGAUCACGCAGCUCAUGGGCGACCAGUGCUGCGUCGUCGCCUGGGACAACGGCCAGCAAAUCCAUCUGCCUCGAUCCGCCCUCCGCAAGAGCUGA